AGAGGAGGAGGAGGAGGAGGGGAGGUGGAAUUUGCUGGAAAAUGGUCUAGAGGAGGAAGCGGCGGGUCGGCACGGAGCGAGGGCAGUGCGGCCGAGGCGGGGCCGGGGCCGGGGAGGGCGCGAGCCGGGCGCGCGCCGCGUCCGUUGGUCAUGGCGCUGUGCGGCACCAGCACGGCGGUGGCGGCGGCGGCGGGCCAGCAGCGCCAGAGCGUCGCCAAGCUGAUGGCUUAUAACGGCGCCGGGGCCGCCCACCACCAUCAUCACCACCAUCACCACCACCAUCACAACAACCACCACCACCAUCACCACAACAACCAGCAGCAGCAGCCGCCGCCUCCUCAGUCGCAUUCCCACCAUCAUCUACAUCCCGGAGCCGCCGGUGGUGUUGCCGGCGGCGCCGGUGGAGGAGGGGGCGGCAUCGGUACAGCGGUACACCCGGUCCAGCAUCAUCACCACCCGGCCUCCGGCGCCGCCGCCGCCGCCUCGUCGUCGUCGUCCUCUUCGUCCUCGUCGGCUGCCGCCGCCGCUGCUGCUGCUGCCGCGGCGGCGGCGGCGGCAGCGGCGAUGCUGAACCCGGCUCAAGCACCGUAUUUCCCGUCCCCGGCGCCCGCCGCCGCCGCCGCCACGGUGCAAAUUCACGCUGCUGCCGCCGCCGCCAAGGCACAUCAGCUGGACAUCGAGCCCGACAGACCCAUCGGAUAUGGAGCCUUCGGAGUAGUCUGGUCAGUGACGGAUCCUAGAGAUGGAAAAAGAGUCGCACUAAAAAAGAUGCCCAACGUCUUCCAGAAUCUAGUUUCCUGCAAGAGAGUCUUCCGUGAGUUGAAGAUGCUCUGCUUCUUCAAACAUGAUAAUGUGCUCUCUGCACUUGAUAUACUCCAACCUCCACACAUUGACUACUUUGAAGAAAUCUAUGUUGUCACAGAGCUAAUGCAAAGCGACCUUCACAAGAUCAUUGUGUCUCCACAACCAUUGAGUUCUGAUCAUGUCAAAGUUUUUCUCUACCAGAUUUUGAGAGGUCUGAAAUAUCUGCAUUCAGCUGGUAUAUUACACCGGGACAUUAAACCAGGAAAUCUUCUUGUGAACAGCAACUGUGUCCUCAAGAUCUGUGACUUUGGCCUUGCCAGAGUAGAAGAACUUGAUGAGUCUCGUCAUAUGACCCAGGAAGUUGUCACUCAGUAUUACAGGGCGCCAGAGAUCCUGAUGGGCAGUCGCCAUUACACUAAUGCCAUUGAUAUCUGGUCUGUAGGAUGCAUCUUUGCAGAACUCUUAGGUCGUAGAAUCUUAUUUCAGGCUCAAAGUCCCAUUCAACAGUUGGACUUAAUCACAGAUCUAUUGGGAACUCCAUCAUUAGAAGCCAUGCGAACAGCUUGUGAGGGUGCCAAGGCUCACAUACUCAGGGGUCCUCAUAAACAGCCAUCACUUCCUGUCCUUUAUACGCUAUCCAGCCAGGCUACCCAUGAAGCUGUCCACCUCCUCUGCAGGAUGUUAGUCUUUGAUCCUUCAAAAAGAAUCUCUGCAAAGGAUGCCCUGGCACAUCCAUAUUUGGAUGAAGGACGGCUUAGAUACCACACUUGUAUGUGCAAAUGCUGUUAUACCACCUCUACGGGGCGUGUUUACACCAAUGAUUUUGAGCCCAUCACCAAUCCCAAAUUUGAUGACAGCUUCGAAAAAAAUCUGACAUCUGUUCGGCAGGUUAAAGAGCUCAUUCAUCAAUUCAUUCUGGAACAGCAGAAAGGAAACCGGGUUCCACUAUGUAUCAAUCCACAGUCUGCUGCAUUUAAAAGCUUUAUCAGCUCCACAGUAGCUCAGCCCUCUGAGAUGCCCCCAUCUCCACUGGUAUGGGAGUAAGUGGAAGAAACUACUGAUGACAAAUAUUUUAGGUUCUCACUGGAGUCUAAAAUUUGCAGUACCAUUUAUGUCGGGACAAGUGUGUAAUUUUACUUAUAAAAUUUUUAAAAAAUAAAUAAACCACUGAUAAUUGUAAAGAAUAUACUUUUAGGAAUAUGCUGGACUUGUAUUUUUUAGGGAUAAAAUUGGUGGUUGUGCUUUGAAAUAAAGCAGCUUUAGCAGGAGCUGCACAGUUUGUAUGUAUUUAUGGAACCUUGUGCAGUCUUCGCUUUUUGGCUCGGGGGGAGUGGGGGGUGGUUAAAUAAAAGCUGCACUAAUUGAACUAGUUGUCUUGACAUUGAAGUGGGAUGAGGAGCAGGCAUGUACAGGAUCUCUUAAGGAAUCAACGCUGUCCCAUCUAUUCCUGAAGACACUUUUUACCAAGGCUGGCUGCGAAUGCAAAGUCUGUGCCGACCUAUCAUGAAGUCAUGUUGGUUGAUCAAUUCUAUAACUUCUCUUCAGAGCUGACAGUGGUUUGCUGUUGUUGUAAUACAUUGUGAUUAGAAAGAUGGAGUGAGUGUGGGUUUAUCACUAGCAGAAGUAACUUAUGUUCCCCAAUCCCUUAAUUAUAUUUAACCAAUUUUUAGAAACAUUUUGUUUUAUUUCUGCAGUUAAACCUUGAGCAUGCAUCAUCCCACAUCACUUGUGUAUAUAAAUCCAGUGUUGGGUAGAUUUUAAAAGUCUUGACAAUACUGUAUAGAGGAAUUAGCUUGCACAUUUAGGUCUGUGAAAUAUUCUGUAAAAGUUAUUUUCUGCACUGGACAGUGUAACAGGAAAAGCAGCAGCACAUAGGCGAUUAUGUUAAUUGUGUCGUGUCUUUAGGCAGAAUUGUGGAAGUGUUGAUCUGAAACGUCACAGUAGUGCAGAGUUUAAAUAUCCUUUCUGACAAAUCCUUACCUACUGGAACACUGAAAUAUCCUGUGUAUAUGUAUAUAUGAACAGAAAUUGAAGGCUCUACCUCCAGGAGUGUACAACUUGGUUUGUUUACCUCCACGUUUUUUUAAAAACAAUUCAGCGUGGGGAUUUAAAACUUGAAUGUCCCUUCCAGCUUUUAUAUUUAAGAAAAAAAAAAGUUUUUCACACGUACGAAGGAACCUUUAUGGAUUGUCUUAAAUACGCAAUUGUGUUCAAAGCUGAGAAUAUGACCCCAGGAUCGGUCAUGAAUACUUGACUGUUAAAUAACUGUAGUUCAUAUCUGUAUUUAGCAUUGGACUCUUGCUGCGAGUGACCCAGAGCAAAGGUGUACACACAUUUCAAAAUAGGUCCCUAAUGUUUUAUUUCUUUUGAACUUUUAACUUAAAUUGCUUGCUGUGGCAGAAUCUGUGCUGGAAAUUGCAUCUAUUUACAAUUAGGAACAAUGAGGGGAUUUUAUGAAUUAUAUAAAAAAAGGUAUUAAAGCCCCCAAAGCUUUAACAAUAAACUAAGGCUUGUAUUGAAUUCUGUUUUCAGUAAACAGGGGCAAAAAAAAAUACUGAGAGCCUGCUGAGAAACCGGUUUCAAGACUUCUCCUGAAGUUCAUCAUCCUAUGUGACACACUUGCCGGUCACUUUGUACAAUGUAGAUUUGAAGUACAGUGGUGGAAAUUCAUUAAAUGUGAUAUUGAAAACAAAAA